AAAUGAACUCUAAACAAUAACAUAUGACAGUUUGUCCAGCAAUUUUAAAAGGAGAUGAUCUUCCUAAUGAUACUCCACUUAAAGUAUAGAAUUCUAAUUUACCAAAACCUAUGAUUUAAAAGAAAUUGAUAUCAUAAAUGAAUAAUGAAAUACUCUAUGAAAGACUUAAUUAAGAGGCUGAAAUAUUUAAGUAGAACAAUUAGAUGUUGAAAGAAUAUUAUGAAUAAGAAGAAUUACGUCCAUGUUCAUUUACUCCUUAAACACUUAAUGAUGGUUAGGAUAAAAGAUCACUUUAUUAAUUUUUAUUUGAUCAAUAAAAUCAUGUAAUGAAGGUAGAAUAGAAAUUAGAAUAAAUUAAAUAAAAUGAAUUAGAACGUGAUUUAUAAUAUCCAUAUCAUCCAAAAACAAAUGAAUUUAACUUUUAAAAAAGAGAUGAAACAAUUCCUACUUAUGAAAGAUUGUAUAAUUUGAAUUAAAAGAAACCAUCUGAACCAAUACUAUAAUAAUCCGAAUCUACAAUUGAUUAUAAACCAUUAAUUUAAUAGAAAUCUUAGAAUAUAGUUCGUAAUUAAAAAGUAGAAGAUAUUUUGUAUUAAGAUGCAUAAAGAAGAUUAUAGAAAUAGAAGGAAGUAUAAGAAAAGAAAAAUACAACUAAAGUGGUGACUGUAAAUGUGAAAUAUACAUCAAAUAAUAGUGAGAAAAUAGUUGCAUAAAAAUUUAUAAGAGAAUUUGAAACAAUAAUAGAUUGGAUAUUUGAUUAAACAGGAUAAGAUAGACCAUCGAAUGUAUCAUUUUCAAUUGAUUAUUUGAAAUUAGGAGAAAUAUUAUAAAGAUUAGGAUUUUUGAAUUAAUUAUAAGUUAAAGAUAGUAAUGAAAAGGCAGUAGAAUAUGAGAAUCUUCGUUUAUCUGAAGAGAGAGCAUUAUUAUGUGAAAUUUGGACAGUGUUGAGAGGAGAUGAGUUGGGAGGAAUAAGUAAAAGAAAUUUAUGUUUAUUUUUAUUGACUUUAAUUGGAAUAACAGAUUUUAAAAUUAAAGAAUUACCAUCUGUUUAAAAUGAAGAAGUUCCAAAUUAUUAGAAAUCUAUAUAACCUUAAUAACAUAAGAUAGUGACUGCUCAUUAACCAAAUGAUAGACCAAAAUUAGGUAAUAUAGAUAAAGAUGGAAAUAUAAUAUUUACACAUGAAGAAACAAAGAGGAUAUAAAAAUAAUUUGAUAUUUUAUAUAGAAAUAGAUUGGGUUCUGAAGAAUUGAAAAAGACUGAUUGGAAAGAUGAAAAUCCAUAUAAACCAUAAAUAUUACCAUAAUCUAAAUAAUUGGCUAAUUAAUUUAGAGAGAAAGUAUUAGAAGAGACAGCUAAUUUAAUUGAUAAUUAAUUGAUUAAAGUUACUAUUCCUGAGAAUGGAUAAAUAACACAUGCAGAUUUAUUAGUAUUAUAAAAGAAAGCAGUAGAAUAUCAUAAAGAAUUAAAGAAAUAAGAAAUAUUGUAAUAACAAUUAGAAAAAUGUCCAUUUAAACCUUAAUUAAUGAACAAUGGAAAUAAUUAAUCUGUUGAUGAAAGAAAGAGUUAAUAAAAGAAAUCAGAGAAAUAUUUAUAAUUAUAUUAAUUAGCUAAACCAACUACAUAAAAGAGAGAUCGAACAAGAGAGGAAAUAGAAUAUGAAAAAUAAUAGGAAGAAUGUACUUUCUAACCAGAUAUAUCAAAUAAGGGAAUUUAGUAAUAGAAAUAAGAGAAUCAUUUUGUAAAUAAAGAUAUUGAUAAAACAGUUUAGAGAAUGAGAUAAGCAAGACAAAGAAGAGAAGAAGUAUAAGGAAUGUUAGAAAGAGGAUAUAAAAGUAAUAAACCUGUGUAAUAAUAAUAAAUUAGCUAAUAGAUAAAAGAGAGCAGAAGCUAAUCUUAGAAUCAAUUAAAAUAGACUACAUAAUCAUCAAGAUAAAAAAGUUUAUAAUCUCAAGAAUCUUAACAAUUGAAUACUUUUUAAUCAUAGAAUUUCCAUAUAGAUGAAUCUUAACCUAAAGAAGAAUAGAGUAUUGUUAGAUCAGGCAGUUGUAAAUUUAUAGUAUUAUUAAUUCACUGUAGAACAAGAUGAAAGAAUUCCCUUAUUAUUUGUAGAUGUUAAUCUCGGACCUAAUAAAACUGAAAGAAUCGUUGUUUAUGAAGGAGAUUAAUCUAUGGAUUUAGCUGCAAGAUUCGCUUAAGAACAUAGUAUUUAGAUAUAUAUAUAUAUGUAGAUCUAGAUGAAUUUAUGUAAGAUAAACUUAAAGAGUUACUAGAUUAUUAAAUUAGUGGAUUAUUAACUAAAAUUGAUGAAGAAGAAGGAGCAUUAAGUGAUAAUGAUUAAUGA